ACCGCUAUAAAACAACCCAUCCAGAUGUCGACAGGCCAUUACAUCUAGGUUUAGCAGCCAGAUGGACCUCAGAAAAUUUGCACCUUUUGUCUUUCUCCUAAACCUGGGGAUUCUCCCUCUAACUGUAAAAGGUAUGCCAGUCUCUUAUUUUCAUCGUAGGCCGUUGCAAUCAGCAUUUGUGCGUUCUUAUACCUAACAAAGGGCAAAUAUUACUUUUUUUCUUGUAACAUAGUUGAAAAUUGUUAAAAUUUCAUCUCUUGAAAAGCAAUUCAUCUCGAUCGAAGACUUUCUAUUUUGUUCUUUAUUUUUUAAGGAACACUGCAUGUACAUAUUUAGACCUCAUGUAAAGACAGAAGGUCUAACAGCUAAUAUUUUUGAUUUUCCCAGUUCUUCUGAUUUACAACUUUGGGGAACACAACAAGCCCCUCCCUCUCGUUUAAGUGACUAACUCAGUGCUCGAGCUUGCGACUAGAGUACUAAGGUCAAAGUCUCUGAUGGAUGCAUUUUUCCAUCUCAUUUAAUGUGCCAGUUUCUAUAAAUCUCACGAUCUCGAGAAAAUGAUUCUAUUGCAAAGUUUUCGAUGGACUAAUUUGUUUGUUGUAACUCGGUUCUCCAAAAUAGUACAGUCUGUUCCCGUCAGCGGGCUACCAAUUGGAUUGACGGAAAACGAAACAAAAUUUUAAGCACAGACAGGUGAUUGAUUCUUGAUACGAUAUUUCAUAUCCCCAGAAGACCUACGGUUUGAAGAUUUCAGAUCUAGAACAUAAGAUUUUGACAGUGGGGUGAGAUCGCUGAAAAUAAACCUGCCCCUUACACUCCACACCCACAUUCUGAUCCAACGCGAAAGUUUUAAUCCAUUUCAAACUUUUGAAGACCCACCUUUUACAGAAAACCUUAAACGAGUUUUUAUUCUUUGAUUUUCCUAUUUUGGAAUCAGUCAUUUCCGCACUUCUACCGAUGUCCAUAUUUCCUAAUCCGUGCAGCUCUGUUUUAAUUCAAUCAGAGAUAACUGUCAUUCGCGGGCUACCCUUUUGGUGCAAGGAACCGAGCUUACUCGACACAUUGCGUGUGGGCGCGUAGCAAAACGGUAAUUUGAUUAAUCUAAAUAUUUAGAUUUGCUCUCAACAAGUGGAGUAAUUGAACAUGAACGAAAAAGGAGCUAGGGGAGAUAAAAUUGGACUUAAAAAAAUCUAAAGAGAGUUAUUACAGUAGCUAUUCUUCGAGUUUGCCAUUUGGAUCGACGCGAUCUUUAUCAAAUAUUGUCCAAAUCAAGAGUGAAACAUUGAAAUAUGAUGAUAAAGGUAAAGCAAAAACAAUAUAAAAACUAGAUGAUAUCAAAAUUUGCAUAAAGAUACUUACCUUCAAGGCGAGAAUGCCAUUCGCCAAAUUGUUCAGUACAAUUUCAGAAAAGCAUGCUGAGCAUUAAGGGGCGGGGGGGAGGGGUGACCAAGGAAAUCGGUGGUUCAGUCCGCCUGCCAGUAUGACGUCACACAUCUCGCGUCAGUGACUUUCAAAGUGGCGAGCAAAGUGUUCAUCGAAGAGACAGAUAAAAAUUUCGAAUUUAUCACGGAAAUGCUGUUCCGAUUUCUUGGAUUUGGAGAUUUUAAGGUCCCUCUUGUCAUAGAAAACUAGACUUUAGUACUUUUUUGGAAUGAAACGUCCACUGGUGUAAGAAAUUUUAAAGAUCCCUUUCUAUCGUUGAGCAAAUUUUACGGGCAAUCAUACGGACCGGUCAUAUUUUUGAGGGCCAGUGCACGGCAAGAUUGAGGAAUUUAGACACAGCAAUAGGAGGUUCAUCAAAGGAUCUUUUAUUCUUUACAUUGUGCGUAUUUUCAGCUGUUCAGAGCUUAGCUUAGCUGUAGCGUUGAAAGAGGAAGCUACAUGACAGAUAUUUGUGAGAGACCCUGAGCGUUGAAUCUUGUUGCUUUAACAUAUUUUCAUACUGUACUGGGCAUACACCUGUAAUUGUGUAAUUAAAUCCCGAAAACCAAUAAAAGGUUUCGUUUAAUUAGUUUUUGGGGCCAAACCCAGUGGAGAUUUUACGGUAAUAUAUUGAUAAUUAAGACGAUGUACAAAAGGCAGGUCUAAAUUUCGCCAGUGGAUCACUGGUGGGUGUUGGGUGUAAACUAGUACAGUCUUCUGGUGUACUGUGUGUUGUUUGUCAUGAUGUCAACUAACAUUGAAAAAAUUGCAGCUGUUUGAGAGGAGAGGGGACAUAAGUUGACAGCUUGUGGUUUUUUCUGGCCGUAAGCUUGGCCAGUAUGCAGAUCAAGAACUCUUGAAAUUCCUUUUCCAAAAUAAUACUCCGGACUUAACCUUAAAAUAUAUAUUGAUCCAAGUGCAUGACCAGCAGGGUCCGUAGUAAGAAUAAAGAAAAACAGGCGAAAAGGAAAAACCAAGACUAAACAGAAAAAAAAAUAAAAACGGUACAAACAAACAGAAAACAGCGUCGCCGGGAGACGAACCCGGUUUAUCUGCAAGUGCAAGCAACUCCUUGACCGCUGCACCACAGUGACACACAUGUUUUGGAAACCAUUUUUUAGUCUAACAUAGACGCUGUUUCAAGCUGGUGGAGCUGUAUUUAUCAUGAAUUCAAAUAUACAUUAAUUUGAGGAAAAUUAGCUUAAGCGCGUAUUUCGAAGCUAUUUCGCAUUAUUUCGGGUUCAACGCCGGCCGACCCGAUGUAGAUAAUCGAUCGAACUAGCUUUACUGAGUUUGGUGGAGAAUUAGGAGAUGAACAGAGGCCCACACUCGAAAGGAUUGAUAAAGAGUGAGGCCCGUUUAAUUAGCAAAAGAAUAGAUGAAAUAUUAAUAUGUCAGGAGCCGGUUACUGAUAUGUGUGAUCUGUGAAUAGAACCUCCUAUUCUGGAGACUAGACCUUGCCUAUUUUAGAGAAAAAAAAGAUUUAAGUUUUGAUGUCCUUACCGGUCCCAUAAAAAAGACGGCGAUCCCGCAGCACGUCCCGCAAAACAAAUUAACAAAAUUAUACAAUUAUUUACGGACACAAAAUAUCAAAACGGUUUACACAAGCAGAUUAUAGCAACACCAAAGCUCACACACAUUCGAUCAAAUUAGCGAUAUAUGGCGAUAUCUGAUAGCUUCUUAGCUUUUCCUCGACCUCGCUCGUCCUAAUAACUGUCGUAUCCCUUUCUAAUUUGCACAAGCGACUCAAGGCUCUUGCCCGUUACUAUGUGACGUCAUACUGGCAGGCAGAGUUGGUCAAGAAACUUAGGAAUAAAACAAUAGAGUUACCUCCCCUUCCCCCAUGAUGUUGAGUAAUUGAAAUGAAAAAUAUCUGUAUAUAUAAACUUCUUCUUCCUAAAUUUUCUUCACAUAACGACAAGGCAAAGAUUUUACACCUCGCCUGGAAAUGAAAAGUGAAAAAAUGCUAGGCUACGUUUUUUAAGCGCAUAUUUCUUUUCCCUUUGACGCCAAAGUAGAGUCGCUUAUUAACCUCUGGACUUGAACCGUAGGCCAAGCUACGUUUUUACAGCGCUAUUUAAAUGAAAAGAAAAGUCACAAUGUCCUUGCAAAAGUACAGCUUUUGGUGAGGUCUUUCAAACAGAACUUCAGUAAAUGAAGAAGAAUUAAUUUUCUGUCCUCACAUUUUAAAAACAUACGAAAGUUGCUUAUCUCUCCUCGCCUUUCAAAUAAACACAGACACACCCCUAGCCUCUCUUCAUUUCUUUUCAACCAACACUCCGUCUCGUUCCAUCCCAUACUUACACUACAUGGAGACAUUUUUUUCUAUUUUACAGGCAUUUCCUAUCAGGUUGGAAAACUGAACGCAUCAGAGACACGUCAAGGAUGGAAUUGCAACAGUGGAUGUGAGGCGCCACAACAUUGUACACUGCCACGCUGCACUAACGUGAUAUUUCCGCAGACGUUUAGUGGAUCUGGAACAGUAAGUAAACCCUAAGCAAUUAAAAAUUACCGUAUUUCUUCAAAUAAUAGCCUCAAGCGAUUAUUCGAGGGAGGCGAUUAUUUCAAAUAUUGGUCACUGGAAGUCGAUCCCUAAAUAUUUUCUUUUGUUACCCGUUAAAUAAAAAUAAAGAAAUAAUCACAUCAAAAUAUACUAAACAUGGGCUUUAUAAGUUUUCAAAAAAUGGUUCCUUGUCAAGAGCAAUCCUGUUCCUUGGUUAUUUUUCAAUUUCAAUAUCCUUGGCGUUAGAGCUUGAAUUGCUGGAUGAGAUUCCACUUCAGCUUUGUUUGUUUUUUUAACUCGACAGGGAGGUGGUAAAGAAAGAGAAAAGAUAGCGAGAAGGGUGGGGAUUAGGGGCGAUUAUUUGAGGGAGGCGAUUAAUCGAGGGACGGCUAUUUUUCGAGGAAAUACAGUAGUCUAAUCUUAAGGGUUGGUGGCAACUUUCUUUUGUUAGCAGAAAACAAUAAGCUUCUCUAGAAACUAAUGUUUUUAACAAAUCAUAGUGGCCUUUGUAAUGUUAUGACCUCAGACAAUUUAGUGCGCAUCGGUGUGCUCAAGUGCUCCCUAAUCCCUAGGAUGCGAGUGUUUUCAAACAAAACAAAACAAGACAAAACAAAAAAGCCAGAGAAUUCUGACAAUAAAAAUAGGCUAGAAGAUCUUUAAUCCUUGGAAUGGCGCCGGGAAUGGAGGGUUGAAUUAGAUCCUCUUUUUUUUCAGAUUUAGUGUGAGGAGUGCACGCGCGCACGAGCAUUGAAACCACCAGACGCACGCGAGAAACGAGGGCGGUAGUCUCGCCCUUUCAGUCACUCGCGUGGUCAUUUGCGUUACUCGCGCGUUUCGCACGACAGACAGAUCAACAGUCCGGAAUAUCCCUAAAUUUAAGGACAGGGCCAAAUGGUCACGCGACACUGUUCAACCAAGUAGAAGGUGUGCUUGUGUUUAUCAAAACAUUGACCAAGUGAUCAAAAAUUUUCACAACAGCGGACGUUGAGGUCGUACAAAACAGGAAUGGUACUACCUAUUAACUUCUACAGGACAAGAAUCAAAGAACCAGUCAUCAUAACAAGAAUAAAAAGUAGUUCAAAUUUAUUAAUUCUCCUUGUUUGUUUUUUUGUGUUCUUUCGUGUUGACUUGACGCAUCUGGUGCUUUCUUUGCUUGUUGUCGUACCUGCAAUGUUUUAAUUUUAUCCCAGAUAAUCAGUGCAUGUUUAAUGAGUAGCGAACUACAUCAUUUACAGUUGAAAUUUGUCUUCUUUCUUUGAUUUUUUUUUAACUGUGGAUGAACAUUUGGAGAAUCAACAAUAAUAAAUCUUUCCAGAUUUGGUGAUUUUUCAGAAACAAAGCGGUUAAUAACUACCUUGCGCUUAUGAUCUUUAAUUUUAUUCCCGCAAAUUCGGCAAAGUGAGGCGAGAUGCAUGUUGGACGAGAAUAUCCAUAAGACUAAUAAAGUUGUUUUGGCCUUGAAAAGAAAAAAGACAAAGGCUCGAAUUAAUUCGAAAAAAAGUAAUAACACGGCUCUGCCAUGUCUGCGUGAAACCUGGGAGUGGAACACGUUCGAGUUUUGGACCGUCGGAAUUCAAAAAUCGUCUACCAAAAUUCUAGGAGGGUCUGGAUAGGGGGGCACAAAUGUCAGUUGUCAGUUAAAAUUUAGGCUAUUUGUCAGUUGUCAGUUAAAUAGCUAUCAAUAAUUAACUAUGAAACUUAUUUGUAUAUUUGUGAUGCGCAAUUUGGCUUAACAGGCACAUAUAAUGUAAAUUAAACAUUAAAUUCGAAAACUGAUGCCAUACUACCUUGGUUUUUAUCAGCUUUGUUAUUGUAAGCAUUUCAAGUGACCCCCCUUUUCUCAAGUCUUGUGUUACUUUUCUCCACUCAAACAUUUUUGCUGGCCAGAGUGCAACAUUGUCAACCGUUAAGCCAAUCAAAAUUAUACCUUCAGAAUAUUUUAUACGCAUUAUGCUUGAGUCUUGCGUCUGUGGACUAAAGACAUCGAUCUCACGCAUCAAGGACAAUUUCUCACAUCUGACUCUCAAAUCCGGACAAAUUGUUCUUAACACAUGAUGACUUUGUGUCCUUUUUUGUGUUCUAACGAAAUCAUACCAAAGCACGCUAAAAGUGUCGUCUUUUAAGUAGCUUCGAAAGUGCUCAAACGUCAGGUCUUCUGGAACAUCUGCGGACUUUUAACUUUCGGCAACGUUCGGAAGUCUUCGGUAAUUCGUCGGAAAUCUUUGGAAGUCGCCGGGACGUUUCGUGAAAUCUUGGUUAUGACAAGGUAAAAAUCUGACGCAUUUGACUCAGAAAAAGCUGGCAGGUAUAAUAUUGGGACGUAGAUCGUAAGAAGACCAAGAAAACCGUCUCUGAAUCAUGUCAGUAAAACCCUGCAAUUAAUUGCCUUUGUAACGCCAUCAUCGCCCACGGAAUCGCGCCUGUAGAUACGCGUCGCUAGUAAAUGCAAAUUUUUCUGUCAAUCAAAUGUGUCCUAUUAUUUGUAGGUGGAAAUUGGUAAAAUAUCGUUAUUGUUUUGGAGACAAUAGAAGAACAAAAGAUAACAGAAAGAUCAAGUUAUGCGGUCUUAAAGAGUGUUGCGUGACUUAAAUCAGUUGGAGCAUUUCUCCUAGCUUUUCCGCAUUAAAACGUUGGAAUGAAAAGUCUGAAGCUUAGCUUUUAAAAUCUUGAUAGCCAAAAUAAAAGGGGUGCCCCAAAAGGCAAGCAUUUGGGAAUUCAAAAUCGAUAUUUUUGUCUACAGCGAAAUCCGGCGGAUGAACGGUAAUUUGCAUAUAAGCGUAAGUGAAGCGAAAUAGAUACAAAUUGCCGUGGUUGUAAACACAACGUUUCCUCGAAGUUUCUUUUUCCUUUUGAAAGCGUAAAUUCGCAUGAACAACUCAGCUUGCACAAAAUAAUAUAAAAUGAAAUGAGUCAAAUCGAAAAGUGGCAAAAAAAAGUCAGGAUAUUUCAAUUCGAUGGAAAGUAAGUGAUUGGGUAGGUGAUUUGCAUACUGAUAAAAAUAACUUCUAGCGAAGUUCAAAACCGUUCGGCUUCCUGAAUUGUUUUCCUGGAAUUCUAUACAUUCUGCUGGCCCAAAUUGUUAAAAUAUUUUAUGAAGUCAAAAUAUUUAUCAAGUUGAGCGUUUUCAUUUCCUUAUAAAACAGAGAGUAGCGCGAAAGCUUCGAUUUAUAGAUUUUCUUAAGUUAAAUUACCUUUGUAUCGUGGAAACAAUACCCUAACACUUGAGUCUUGAAUCAAAGGACGCGACAUGCGUCGGCUCCCUUUGUGAGCGCGCAAAUAGUCAUGGGACCCGCGAUUUUGCGGGCGACACGUAUCUACAGGCGCCGUUCCGUAGCCAUCGUAUGCUGGCGCGUUCUCAGAGAAACGUAAAUUUGAAAUCAUACGUCAUUUGCAGAUGGUACGUGACACACAUGAGAUUUUAAGCGUCUUGCUGCUAAGAUUACCCGUAAAAACGCACAUUUGAUCACAUCAUACGAUAAAAAGAGUGGAACAAUGCUAUUCAAGGCCUUAAGAACAAGUUUUGUAGAAAAUAAAGGACUGUCAGGUCCUUUGUCAGUUGACAGGCAAAUGUCAGAAGUCAGUUAAAUUUUCGGCUAUUUGUGAGUUGUCAGUUGUCAGUUAACCCCAUCCUGACCCUCUUCUAGGUUGUCUACUAUCCCCACGUUCAACUUGAUAGACGUUAAUGGAUAUGACAAUUAAGGAAAAAUAUCAAGAACGGCGUAGAAAAAUCUGUAAAUCAAAAAAACCAGAUACUUGUUCACCAACCUUGAAAACCGACCAAAAUCUCGCCUACAUCGUGUUGUUUAAAAGAAGAAAUAAGCCACAAAAUGUGCUGAAUAUUUCACGAGACACUUCCAAUAUGGCUUUCGAUACGUUGUCCACUUAAAACAAAUUGUGUAUGCCUCAUGAAAAGUCUUACAAAUAUGCCAGAGAGUCUCGAAACGGUGACUGUGAUGGUUUAGGUAAUCUAUCCGCCAUUUUCUUCGUGAAAAAGAGCUCCAUGACGUCACAACUGUCCUUAAAUUUAGGGAUAUUCCGGACUGAUCAAGGUAGAAGAAAAAAGAGAGACUGUUCGUGAUGUACGGUUGAAUUGUCGCCUGCAAAUUUUCAUUCAUGCUUAUCUUUUCAGGUUCGAGUCUUUGUGUCAUUAAGCCACGAAGAUCAGUCGUCAGUUGUUCAUGCGCCUUCUGCUGUGUGGGCAGAGUCCAUAAGUACAGCUGGAUUUCAGUUAUGCUCGCGUGCAACAGGUUCUACAAAUAACACUGGAAUUAUCAACUGGGUAGCGUUUCAGGACAAACCCAUGUUAACGCAUGGAAGCGUUACUUUUAGUGGAAUAUGGACAACAGAAACCAAGUGUGAGAAGGUGGCUUUUUCUCAGGUUAGAUAACAAUAAUUGAUAACAAGAGUAUAAUUUUGUUAUCAGGAUGUAAAACGUAAUUAAAUAGUAGAAACAAAUGAAAUAGUAUCAGAAAUUAUAGUUCUAAAACAAAGAUUUAAUUAAUCUGCUCCCAUAAGCCUUUGAUAAAUCCUUAAUUUCAUUUAAGUGCCACUGAGCACUUCAUUGAUACGAUUAUGUUGAUUUAUAUCUCGAGAAGCUUGUUUAUUUUUCAGUCAAUAGUUUUUCAUAUAGCUAACAUUUUUUUGCAGAGCUUUGCUUCCAAGCCUCGUGUAUUUGUCUCUGUUAAGUACACUCGCAGUACUAAGCCAAAUGAUGCUAUGUACUUAUGGUUAGAAAACGUCAAUUCUGGAGGAUUUGAAGUGUGCUUAAGGGAAUUCUUGCUCUUUGAUGGAAAGCACCAAGAUGCAGUUCUGGUAAGUGAAGAAAAAUGCUCGAGUAAACUUUAAUAUUGAUGAAAUAUAAAUAAAUAAAUAACUUGACUUUGCCACACUUCGGCAGCCCGUACAACCAAUUACCUAGAACGUUCGUAACACAAUUAAGGUCAGUGUCCUGUCUCACGUGUCUCAUGCAGUCAUUUCUUGUUAAAGGAAGUGUCGUUCGAUGGCUGACGCAACUCGUCUUGUAAAUUAAACAUUAUUUUCUUGUCCACAGGACUGGUUCGCAUUCACUGGAAAUGGGAGUCAACUUAAUUUCACAAUAACUGGAGAAGAAAUCUUUCCAAACAGUGGAAAUCCAUCGGCCAAAAACAACUACGGCUUCUGUCAGGUGAAAACUUUAGUUCUAACAAGAACAUUUAGCAAGCCACAGAACAUUUUCAGUGGUUGAGGUCACACAAGAGAAAACUUAAUAUAGUAAACCCAAAUUUACCAGGCCAUGGUGAUCGACAAUGUAUCCAAAAUGGCAAUUCCCAGAUGAACGCGACAUGCUUAUCUCGCGACUUGAAUGUGCGCAUAUUUUGGGAUUUUUAAACUUCGCGACUUUGCAAGAAUUUUAUAUUUCGAAUCACUUCAAUUUCGCGCUGUUGAGUGGGCGAAUAGUUGAGGUGGGGACUUUACAGAUGAUGGGCAAAAAUAGAGGGAGAAGUGAGCACGUUCACAUCCAUUUACUAACCUACAUUACUUUUUUACCUAUUUACAGGAAGUACCUUUCAAUACGACCUUUUACAAAUCGCCAAUUGUGAUUCUUUCCGUAAAUCAUGAGUAUAAUAUUCAGGUCAAGGGAAGCCGUCUUCCAGAAAAUAAUAUAAUAUCGUCCUGGGUUGAGGUAGGUUUGAAUUUUUAUUCUAACCUGAGAAAGAAGCCGGCAUUUCACGCUACGCCACCACUAGUUUUUCCACAAAAUGACGUCUGAUGAACGACGAUAGCAAAUAUUGUAUACUGAUGAUGUGUCAACUGGGCAUGCAGUGCUUCUGAUUGGUUGAUUAGAAAACUUCCAUUGCGGCACGACCAAUAAGGAGCAGUAUCUUGAUCUGGGAAGUGCAAAGUCAUCAUUAUGGGAUUUCUUCACUCGUUCCACAGACGCGCCGCGAAAUGGGGUUUUCCUUACUGGAUGAUUAUUCUUGUUCAAUAAGGGAAGAGAAGUAAUCCGUAUAUUCUAGUAAAUUGAUAAAAGGACCGUGAAAGAGCCAUAAGAAACAGAUAAUUUGGAUCUGAUCCGUAAAUUUCAUGACUUGUAUUGUCGUCGUAGAAAUUAAGAAGAAAUUAUGGAUUUUGCUUAUGGAUUUUGCUUAUGGAUUUGCUGUAGGUUGGAUUAGAAUCUAUGAGGAUAUGCGUUAAAGACCUCAGUGGAUUAGGAUCGAGUCAUGAUCCCUUGAUUGUCAGCUACGCUGUUACUGGAGGUUGUUAAUUAAUUUUCUUAUUGUAAUGAUAACUAUUUCUAGAAUUAUUGUUAUUAUUAUUAUUAUUAUUAUUGUUUUUAUUUUUAUUGAUAUCUUUUAGAAGUUUUUAUUUGUAGGAAAACUUUUCAUGAUGAUACAAUUAACGAAACGCUGGAGUACAAACAAUGAUAUACCUUAUUCAUGUUACACUCUACCUUUGCACGCACUUAAGGAUUGAUGGAAUAAGAGCAAUUAGAGGGCAGAGAAGUAUCAAAAUUGCCAAGACGAGUAAUCGAGUAAUCGCGGUCGAGUUUGUUUAUUCCCUCAAAAUAAGACGACGAUUCUAGUCAUGCAAAAUGCAAAAUGUAAAGUUCGACAAGUUUUACGUCAUAAUUCCUUGCUGUGAAGACUUCUACUGUCGCGUACUGCAUUCAAAAUCACUUCCACCCAUAUUUUGCGAUUUUCGUUUUUAUUGUUGAAACUUCUUUUCUAUUGUGUGAUUUGUAUUUGCAGAUUUUAUCUCUUGUUUGUCCCCUGAGAAACCACGUAACACUGCUUUAAUUUAUAUCAUCAGCCUUAAGCGCGUGCAAAGAUGGCGGGUAUCGUUAAUAAGGUCUACUAACGAUAAAAAUAAUUGGUUGAGUUGCCGGUAUGUAAACAUGUCACUGCUAUUUAGGUUUAAUUCAAAUAUGAAAAAUAUAUUAGAAAUUUAUGUUUUUUCCGAAUAGAUAACCACUCAAUAUUUUUAUGUUUUUUUUAUUCUUGGUGCAGAUCUUAAUCCUUGCCUUAAUUGCCCUCGAUUUGGAGUCUGCAGAACCUACAGUGCGCAUGACGCUCGGUGUGAGUGCGAUGACCAAUGUCCUUCAUAUAAAGACCCAGUGUGCACUGCGAAUGGAACAACUUACGACAACCGAUGCUGGCAUAAGUUAAGUUAUUGCAGAGGACUUGAAAAUAAUAUGGUCUAUCACCCAGGAAGCUGUGAAGGUAACGAAAACUAAUUUCAAAGAUUUUUUUGGCUGUAUAUGCCACAUAAAAUAGUCUGGCAGUUUUAAAGCUCUCGAUUGCUUAGAAUUAUAGUUGUUGGCUCAAAGUUGCAUUCAAUUUGGCUUCUAGCUAUGGGAUGUUUAUAACUUUCCGUUACUUUUAAGCUCACUUUUAACUCCUCACGCAGGCUAAGCAACAAUAGACAGCUGUAACAAGCUACUUCGUCUCUCUACUUUGGCAAACAAACAUAUAACAGCCCAGACUAUAGCCGAUGUUUUAUCUGUGUAAGAUCUUUUAUUCUCUUUUGCCUUGCAAUCUAGUUUUUAUCGCGUAAAAUUAGAUUUAUACAAAUUUGCUCGGGGCAAAUAUGGUUCAAAAAAGUGCAAAAGAGGAGGAAACGAAGUCAAAGAAAAGGUGGUAAAUAUCACAUUUACAUACCAGUCUACAUCGAUUUGCAUAUUUGAGGGCAAAUGCAGUAUUUAUUAUCUUUGCCCUUGAUUUCAUCCUCUUUUGCACUUUUUUUUUGCACCUUAUUAGCACUGAGUAAAUUUGCUGAAAAUCAAAUAUUUCGCGCAGUGGCGCACGCUCCCACGCGUACAUGUCAUCAGGUACGCUUUUGAGUUCUAAUUUUUUUGUUGGCCUCCUCCAGUAUUGCACAUGUUUAUCUUUAUACUGGCAUAUGUUUAUCUUGGGCACUGAAACCAGCAACCAGCAUGCAAUAAUAAGCAGCCACUAAACAUUUCAUUGUUGAGGGUAGCCGACAUUACAAGUUAUAGCCUACUAGUUCUAGUUCAAUUUCCACGCUUUUUUUAUUACCACCCUUCACCACUUAGAGUUACAGGACAACGUAAGCUAAUGAAGCUACGACCUUAGCGAUAAUGCUUAAAGAGUACAGUAAUGCUUCCUUAUAAAGUACUUAAUUUAUUAUAAAACAGGUUUUCCAAUUGUACGGGGCCGUAUAGAUCUGCUACAGGUUCCAAAAUGGUCAGAUUCAAACUGUCAGACAGUCACAUUUCCUCCAUACCGGUUUUAUCCGGAUAAGCAAGUUCAUGUUCAAAUAACCGUCAAUCACAUGAAGCUCAAUGACUCUGUGACAGUCCACGAUGCUGUUACUUCAUGGACAGAAAGUAUCAACACAAAAAACUUCACCGUCUGUGUCAUGCAAACCGGGAGGAAAGAAGAACUUGCGAAUCCAUUUGCCACCAUUGAUUGGGUGGCUUAUCAAGGAGCCCCACCCGAAGGAUUGACGGGAACGGUUGAGUUGCAGAAAUGGUGGUCUGGUACCAACUGCGCAGAUGUGACUUUUCCUACGGUGAGAGAUUAAUUGAUGCAAGUCCCCAUGGCAAAUGUUAGACUUUCAUUCACCCGACAGCUUUAAUCCACGCUAUCUUUAAAUUAAAAAAUAACGGAUCAUUACGAGGUAACUAAGAAGAAAAAUGACGAUUGCUACAAUAAAUAACAAGACAAGGUUAGGUAAUAAAUAAGAAGGGGAACUUACUCAGUGAUUAGUUGCGUGUAAUUUUUGCAGCAAUAUUCAUCUUAACUAGAUUUCAGUUGUUUUUGCGUAUUUUUUUGGCUUUUUCGUCAGGGCAAGUUUGAUGAGGCGCCAAUAGUCCUUGUGACGUCAGAGCACCUGAGGACUGGUAAAGAGUAUGAUGCUGCUCUCAUUUGGAUUGAGGACGUAACUAAGGACUCAGUUAAAGUCUGUCUUCGUGAAAUGCAAAACUUUGACGGUAGACACCAAGAUAUCACUGUGGUACGUUCUUAGUGAUUUUCUUAGAAACUGGAACGCGACUGUCUGCAAAAUUUGUGAGGAUUGUUGGUCUGUUAACCAUAACAGGGCGGGUAAGAUGAAAUGGCAUUGAUAACUUUAAAGAUCGUCCGGGCGAGUGAUGGUUCAGUCGAAAGAAGGGAACUGCAGAAAGAAAAACUUAAAAAGAAACAGAAAUACAAUAAUAACGAAAAGAAGAAAAAGAAGAAAAAAAACUGAAUAUCAUUACAAGAAGUGAAUUUUAAAUAGCACGCAAAUUGGUCUGCCUUGUCCCCAUGCUUCCCUUCCUGACGUUUUUACGCGAUUCCCCCGAUGUCGUAAAAAAUUGUGGAUUUGCAACCUUUCCUUGACUUUUUGCGCUAUUUAUUAGUUCACAAAUUUAUAGAGUUCAAAAUGCUUAGGUUCACUGAAAGGGCCUUGAAAAUGCAGUUGAUUUCAAAUAAAUUUUCUGUGGGUAUGUUACAAUACUGUUACAAGUAUGGGUGGCAUCAUUUUUGCUUUUUCCUCUUUUCACAGAACUGGUUUGCCUUCUCCAAACUGCACAAGCCUCUUUUCACUGAACAUGGCGUCAUAAGUUUUCCAAAUACGAACCCACCUUCGGAUAAAAUGAACAAUGCUUAUUGUGAGGUGAGAAAAGAAUUCUUUGCAAAAUUAUAAGGAUAAGCGUGCUAUUCACAGGAUUUUCCGUCACAAAUAUUUAGCUUACUUACAUCACUGUUUAUAUCUUGAAAACACCUAUAGUCAUAUAAACUGUACGUGGUAGAGAUCAAAGUAACCAGAAAAGCUAAGAAGCUGGUUCACAAAAUAAUGUUUGAAAAACGUUAAUCAAAAUAUUAAAAGGGCAGUUCGUUCUGUUAAAAUGAUUAAUUGCAAAUAUUGUUUGUCCAAGACUUCAAAAAUAAACACAACCUAAGGUAACUAAAGUUAAAGGAAACAGUGUUAAACGUUGUAUGUUUCUCUUCCAUGGCAGUUCGUCACAUUCACGAGAGCUUAUAACUCGACUCCGACAGUGCUUGUCUCAGCCAAUCACAGCACGACAGUAUCUGGGAAUUCAGCACCGAACCACAACGGAAUUACAACUUGGAUCGAGGUAAAAGUUUCCGUCAUGGGGCAAAUGUGUAGGGAUGUGUCCUGGCAAAAAAAAAUUUAAACCGAAGCUCGACGAAAGAUAAAACUGAACAGAGUCACGCUUGAGGCGAUGUAUAGGUCGAUAAUAGAUGUGGCUCAAAAUGGACCAAGAAAAUUUGAGAUUGCUUAUUGGCUAACUUCAUGUUUUCGAUCGCGAAUGUAAUUAUGUAGGUAUUAUUCAUUAAAGUUUGAAUAAUAUCUUUAAAUACUCAGGCGCCGCGGUGGUCUCAAACUUUAAAUCUGACGGUUCGGGUUUAAACGUUACCGUAGUUUUUUCUUGGAACAAGUCAUUUGCUGUCUUCAUCAACGGGGAUCAAGGUUUAGCCAGACUGUUUGGGCCUUAUAGCUCCUGCGCCACCAUCAUACCCAUUAUUAGGGGAAAAAAGGAUAUUUUGGAUAACAUUUGAACCUUUUAAUUCUUUUAGCUUUUAAAACUUUGUUAUUUCUAAACCUUCCAAUCUUUUAAUUUUCUAGCGGUCUUUGCAAGCUUUCAUCAAACCACGGUUUUCAGUUACGGCGAAUAUGUUUGCAUUUUUAUGUCACAUAAAAAGACUGUAGGAGAAAGGUUUAAUUUCAGAGACUAUUCUAACAUUCACUCCACGUUAACCCAGUUGUUUAUGGUUACAACUGCAUAAAAUGUACCAGCUACGUUAAGUGUUUAUUUUUUCAGAACAUGAAUACCUCUGGAUUCAGAGUCUGUGUCAAGGAAUUAUACGGGACCAGAUAUGACCCCUUGUCCGUCAGUUAUGCUGUGCUUACAGGUCUGUAAUAAGUACUGAACUCGUUUAUGAAGUAGUUUUUGGCAAACAUCUUACCCGAUUCAUGAGGAAUUAUAAAUACUUUGGAAGUGCUCUAAACUAACACAAGCAUAUGGUUUGCAAGUCAUGCCGAGUGAGAGUCAAGAGGGUAACAAAAUUCCAGUCGUAGGGUAAACUGCAAAACAGUCGGUUUUUUCCUCAAAAUCAGUAAAGAAAUCGGUAACGCGUGGCGUAAGAUUCUUAUGCGCGCGAACCGCGCGAGCCUCACACGCCCGUAGGGCGUGUGAGGCGAGAGAGAAAAAACCAGUCUCGCUCUCUGUUUUCAGCCUCGUUCCACACCUUUUGUUUGACUGCUCGCGCUUACUUGAAUACGCAAAAAUACGGACUGUUUUGCAGUCUAGUCGCAGGGUAGCAUUUUGAAGUCCUUGUCUCAAAGAAAUUAGGGACCUUAAGAUGUGAGGACGGCGACGGCAGGUAAAACGUCGCUUAAAAAGUGAAUUCGGAGUUUUCAAUCUUCAUCGCGAUUUUUCCAUCUCGCUUACUUUGUCGAAAGUACGCUACUCCUCCUGAAGUUGAAUUCCUAAGAGCCUUAUAACAGUUAAGCCGAGAAAGAGAAGGAAAAUUUCGUCGUUGCUUGUUUACGUCUUCUAAAAAACAUGAAACUAGGCAUUUUCACGUUGUUGUAGUCGUGCAACGACGGCUAAGAAAUGUAGAAAAAAGCGUGAUGGCACGUGCAUAGUUGUUGUUUUACUAUAAUUAAAGCUAUUGCUUUUUGGCCGUUCUCAUUGUCGUCGCCGUUGCCGGAUCUUAAGGUCCCUAAUAACUCAUAAUGACAGAAGACCUCAGUUGCCGAAAUGAAAACCAUCAUGCACCGAACAAACGUUAAAAGUUAGUGUUGCUUCAGAAUUUUUACUCUAAUUUGAAAAAGUGAUCCCUCUUUCAUCAUUGUGACACCACUCCUACUCUCCUCAAGAUAAAAAUAAUGAUGAUGGUCUACUCGUUGCCCCGAAAAAAACGUUAAUUAUUUUUAAUUAUCUUUUCUUAUCACCCUUGCAACAAUACUCCUACAAAAGCGCCGCUAGGGAUAAACAAUAUCUAUCAAUCCGACCAUAAUCAUAUUUAUUAUAUAAUAAUUUAUACUGAUAUCAGCAAUCUAAAUCUUUUCUUCUUUUUACAUUUUGUUAGAUAUUUGUGAUCCUGGCUGGAACUAUUUCAACGGCUUUUGCUAUUUCACAAGUAAGACUUGUCAAAAUUGGACCACAUCACUGGAUAAAUGCCGACAAGAAAACUCAGUUCUUGUUGAUGUCCAAAACAAUGAAGAAAAUGUGUUUUUACAGCAUCUUCACAAUGGAGCAAAAUCCUGGCUGGGAUUGAAUGAUAUUUUCACAGAGGGCUCCUUUACUUGGGCAGAUCGUGGUACUGGGAACUUUACAGCUUGGGCCAAAAACCAACCCAACAAUUUUCGAGAUGAAGACUGUGUGCAUACACUUGGUGUUGAAUACAAAUACGAAUGGAAUGACGUGAAAUGCAGUGGCUGUCAUCAGUAUACUUGCAAGAAAGGUAUAGUUUUUAAUGUAUGCUUACGUGUAAGGUUAUGGUCAUAAAAAGAGAUUAUUAUCUCUGAAAAAUUACAUGAUUAAAUGAUAUCAUGUCGUUAAACAGAGGCAAACAAAAGAGUUGAAAAAAAAUAAUUAAGUGAUGCAAUGAGAGAACUGAUGGAUAUGUUGCGGUGGGUCAUCCUUAGUGUUAAAACCUGUGAAGUUUUUCUUUGUUUUCUAUAUUGUAGCUACUAGUUAUAGCUAUCGCUAAGUGCCAACGAGCAAAGCUUUUACUUAUUGUUGGUUUUCACAUGACAUCACUAAAAUUGAAACUAAAAAACUAUCGAUCCUACCGUGAUUUUGCUUUCACGAUGAAUUAGAGCAGCUGAAAACUAAUUUUCAUACAAAUUUUCGCUUCAAAAGGGUUCUUGAUUUUGUGAUAGAGUACGCUUGAAUUUCUAAGCUUUUGCGUGACGCGGCAUUUACAUGACGGCCAAGAGAGCUGUCAUGUAGGUUAAAAAAAUGACUUAUCUCAGGAAAUUUUGCUAUCUAAACAGUUCAUGUAUUAGAAAAAGUAUUACUUUAAUGAAUGAGUUUCUCGAAGAAAAAAUUCGCGCUUCCGUAGCAAAACUCGGUAACAGAUGUUUCUGUUGGUUUCCCGGGGUGGGGAUGUGCCGCUGGGACCGUGGAACCCUUGACCUAUACCAGAGCUAGGUUAGCUGAAUUUUGCUACCCUAUACUAGAGUAAACUCCCAAAAUCCCCCUAUCCUAGAGUAGCUGUUUACCUAGUCUAGAUAAAAUCUUCAACCAACUGAUCAGUUUCGUGAAAAAUGAUACCCUAUUCUAGACCCAAACGCUCUGAUUUAUAUACCCUAUCCUAGAGUAAACUGCUUGAAAACCAUACUCUUCACAGCGGCACAUACCCAUAUAGCCCAUAUAUGGCAGUACCCCCCCGGGGUUGGUUUCCGUCCGCCAUGUUGGAGCUCAUCCAGGUGGACACCAGCAAGGCGUCUCUAUACUAUUUAAGUCUCUAUAAGUUUGGGUAAAACAUUUCUUCGGAUAUCUCGAGCUCGUAUACGAAAUAUUCCUCUGACCUGAAUCUUGGCGAGGGUCUCUGUAUAUGUACGUCCUUUCAUUUCGCAGAUCUGGACUUUAUCUAUUGAACGGUUUUGAUUUUUAUUUUGAUCUAUUUUGAAUGGCGUGACACUUAAAACCAGCAAUACGCGCGCACUGUUCAGUGUUUUUAGAAAUGUCAUGAAUUACAGUAAUUUAUAAAAAAUAGAUUGAACUUAAUUCGAUCGCAUAAGCGAAAAUUACCUUGAGACGGGUGCGACCUUAAAGCAAGGGGCACUCAUAUACCAUCCUACUGCCAGGCGAGUACCUCACGCAUGAGUACAGUCCUAUCACUAUAAUAAUUACUGAUCCUCAUAAAAUUCUAUUGUUCUCUCUCUUCAUCAAAUCAACGAUUGCAGUCUUAAAGAUGCCAAAACAACUGUCUGUGGAAAAUGGGAGCGGUCCUUUUGUCAGUAGGGAAAUUAUCAGGGGGAAUAUAUACUAAACGCGCUAAAUAAAACAGCCUACAAUAUUUUUAAUAUUGCAGCCUGUUUUAGAAAAUUUAAUGUAUGUGUACAUUGCACUAUACUUGGUUGAAUGAACACGAAGGAUGCACACAGGACGCACAAGCACUCACACGACUCGUGGAUUCUCUGUUCUGUACUAUCACGUGUUCCCUCGAAAACAAUGCAUUCUCUGUUCUGCAUUACGUCGUAAAUGUUGCCUUACAUUACUACAUGUUACAUCGAUUCGAGUUUUUUUUCUGCCCCUGGAACAGUAUCUCGCACGGCCCUAUUAGGCUUGCGCCUCUCAGCCUCGCAUCUUCGCGAGGAUGCUUGUUUAAGCAAUUAUUUCCCUUGGCUCUAUUAUGUUGACUUAGCAGUGGCUUCUUUGUAUUAAUUGUUUUACGUCAUUGGUGAGGUUCACAGGUUUUUACACCGCGGAAUAUGACCCGCUGUAGUUCAAUUUUGUCCUUGGUUUAAAUUUUAUUUCCCUUUUUUCAAACUCAUUAUCAUACCUGAAUAACAUACCCCAAAAGAAAAGAAAAGAAAUUUAAACCGCAGAUGAAAUUGAACGCCAACUGAAACAAAUGAGUAAAUGACAAGCUUAUGAACAAUUUCUAAUUAUAAUUCAAAAUUCUUAUAUUUAUUAGAUUAAACGCCGGGGCGUUUGUUAAAUUUUUCGUUAUUCGAGUGCGGCGUUAAUUUAAUAUCCAUUUAUUUCUUGCAAACAAUAGUAUGGUAACUGAGCAUUUAAACUUUAAAAACAGAAACAUGUUUUAGUGCUUGUCUGACUAAAGUCAUUAUCUAUAUCUUUCUCAAUUUCACAAUUUGCAUGUUAAUAUACUACUGGAAUACGUAAAGUAAAUGAAGUUAAUUAUAUUCCUUUGAGCUUCGAAUGUACUGAUCUUAAAGCAUUGUUAAAAUCAAAGAAAAGAAUUUUUUCAGGCUUGCUCAAACAUGAUUAUUACUGCAUGUAUUUACUUUUUGAGUCUAUUAUUGGAAUAAACACCGCAUCAUGACGUAGCGUUUAUUCGAGGGCGGCGUUUAAUCGAAUAAAUACGGUAAUUAAAGAAUUGAUAGCUGCUGUAAUUGCAGUAACUAAACAUGGUAUCUUUCGUACAUUACAGAUCUGAAUGAGUGCAGCAGGGACAAGUAUUAUUGCCAUCGUUUUGCCACCUGUUCGAAUAAUCGUGGUUCCUUCAAUUGCACUUGUGACCUUCAACAAGGUUUUAUGGGGGAUGGCUUUGAGUGCUCUUAUUAUGCAAGUAAGUGAUCUUAUGCAAAGAAUUAAUUUUACAAUGCCGAAGUUUAAAGAUCACGAGAAGGGCAAUUUUGUAUCAUUUUCAACCACGGGGAAAAGGGUUUGAAAACAAGGACAGGAAAUUUUUUGUAAAAUUUUUAACUAUUAAUCUGUAAUAUAAGAAACCAGUUUUAAGUUUGCAUGCCUUCUGUUACAAGCUGACUUUAUAUGACAAAUGAAGGGGAGUUCGAGCAACUCGCUCCCUUGACUUAGAGGUACCAGGUAUCUGGGCCUAGUUGUUCGAAGGCCGAUUAGCGCUUAACCCAGGGUUAAAUUUAACCCGGGUUUCUAUUUCUUUUGUUCAAAAGCAUUUUAAUUUCUCGGAUAAUUUUCUCUGUUAUUUUUAAGAGCAUCCAAUCAUCAACUUGUUUACAAAAAGAAUAAAACUGAAAUUACUCUCUAAGCUUUUAUUUCUGAAUUCAAAUUUCGCACUAACCCUGAGUUAUCUUAUUUUGAUACCUUUGCCUUUAUUUGUAAUCUCUCGAUAAGCGUUGUUUAUAUUAUUUUGGGAUGGUUUUUGAUCGUCAAGGGGACAUUACAAGUUUGGUAUGAAAUUACUCAAUGAUUUCAGCUAUUUCAGCUCUGUUUAGGAACAACCUGUUAACUUAGAAAAGAUGCAAGAAAAACAAGUAAGGGUAAUCUGAGGGAGCAAUCUCAGACUCUUGUACAGUGAUUCAAAUUUUGGUGCAAGUUUACAACAAAAAUGAUCAGUCAUUCGGACCAGCUUUCGAGUUCUAGUAUGCCCUGCUACGGUAAAUUUAUACGGCAAAGUUAAUGAUAGUGAUGGUAAUAAAAUAAUAUUAGGAAUAACUAAAUCCUCAAUUUGUAUUAUAUGCUGUUCUUUGGCAUCUUAUUCAGCUGCAUGCCCUGUUGGAAUGGUGGAACAAUUUUGGACCAACUCCCCGCCUUCUGUCGGUGUUUUUUCCUCAUAAUUUACAUGUUCCGGGCGUGGUGUUGCAGAGGGUGUGAUUGCCAAAUCCCUGCUGCAAAAGACUGAAAAGACACCGAAACUGAAAGCAUACAUGAAACCAUAAGCAGACCUGGAGAUAUCCAUUUCAGGAUAUAAGUAUCGUGCGUUGUCAUUGGUUGAGAUCAAAACCUGAAACAAAGUUAAUCUGGCCGAGAGCUACUGGAGAUGAGUAGAAGUGGAACAUUUUUUAUUGCCGCCACUUGUAAUUCGGCUAUCGGCCAAAACGAAAUUAAGUAGUACGAAAUCACUGCACGGAAAGAUAGCAUAAAUAAAAUAAUUUAUUCAGCAAACACUCUUGCAAUCUGGAAGAGUGGAGCGAAUUCUUCACAGUACAAACUCAUCAUAUAAACGUCCUGAUCCUCGAACCGAAGCCAAAGAAAAUGCUUAAACUACAUCGCAUCAGAGAUACAUCCUGUAAGAAACAAAAUCAUAGAUAAAUGACAAGAAAUAAUUUUGAAAUCAAUAUGCCUGAAACAGGUCAGCUUCAUGACCUCUCAACGUGAGACUGGCCGGAAAAAGAAAAUUCGCUAUGGUCAAGGUUUUCAAAACACUAAAUGACCGGCGGUCCUAUAUGUUCUCAGUAAAUUUCACAAAUCGAAAAAACCAGCUAAUCUAAACUAUUUUAAUCGAUUAAAAAAAGUCAAGCGAUCCUGAAAUGCUUCAUAAAUGUCAAGUUUAGUGUUUGGUUUACGCUGGACUCAGAAAACGAAACCAUGUUUUGUGACACUUGAACUUUUUUCAGGUCGACCGCUGGUCAAGGUUUUCAAAACACUAAAUGACCUGCAGUCUUAUAUUUUCAGUAAAUUUCACAAAUCGAAAAAUUACCAGGAUCAGGAUCUCGACAUAUGAUAGUUUCAGAGUUUAGCUGGAUUUUUAGCUAGAGAGGGUGGCUUUGGGCAAAUGAUUUAUCGGUCCCCAGAAAGGUCACCUCAGGUCUCCCAGGAUGGAUUUUUUUUGUACAGUGCACAGGCCUCAUUUUCUUGGCCGCUCGUUGAUCUGGCGACGCUACUUCGGCAAGCGUGUUCUCGGUCUUUUUGCAUUAUAUCCUUCGAAUUUGUCAAAGUCUGUGGGAUCCGUUUCUCUAUCUGGGAAAGCUUCACUGGUUUCUGUAUCGGCUGCUAUCCUAUUUCUACGAUCCUGGCAUGUUUAUUUUCCGUUGGAGUUCGAAUUUCGUGGAAAAAGUUGUGUUGAAAGGGAGUAUGGCGGCGAAAAUGGCGUCUAGUGUAUCCUACCUUGUACAUUAUUAUUGUAUAUAGAGUGAAUUUGAACAAAUUAUCACGAAACUUCGUUGGAGUAUUAAGGACAGCAAUGACUAACCGCAGAGUAAGUUUUAUUGAUCUUUAUUUAGUAUUUCCUAGAAAUUUUAGGAUCGUAUUUUUACCCCAUAAAAAGACUGUAAUUUUACUGGAACCGUACUGUGGUACUAUCACAGAGCCUGGGUUACCUGUGCACCCAGCAGUGCAGGAAAUCAUCACAUUCACAGACAAUAGUCCAGUUUCGAAUUAAAAAUUACCGCUGAAUACAAACAUUAACGACACAUUCAUACAGGGUUAGCCUCGACGUAAAGUAAAAUAUUCAGAAAUUCUGGCAAGUAAGUGUUUGGAAUUUGAAUAUACACAAUAGGCAGAGUAAUAAACAGGCCUUUUUCUCGUUGGAAUUUGUGAACAUAUUACUUCAGAUGGAGGCUAAGGCUGUAAAAAAUGCGUCGUCACUUCUUUGCUUCAGCGGUCAUACCGAACUCGAAAAUGGACUAUGACAAAGAGCAAAGGAAAUGACCUGUAAAUGUCACACAAACAACAGCAAAGAUAAGACUGAUUCGCUCAGUUAAAGUUUGGGAUCCUCCACAGCUUAAUCUACGGAUUUUGGAUUUAAGAACUAAUAAAAAUAUGCAACGCCUUGCAACACGAACAAUUCACGAACAAAUAAGGCGCGUAAUAUCGGCGUCAUUUUCGAUAACACCGUAACGAUGUCUUUUCAUAUUAACAACAUAGUUAAAGUGGCAUCCUACCACCUUAGAAAUAUAGCUAAGAUUCGUAAGUAUAUCAAUGUCACAACGGCUGAAGUUCUUGUGCACGCAUUCAUAAAUUCGAAGCUGGAUUUCUGCAACUCGCUUUUACAUGGUCUUCCCAAGUAUAAAAAUUAACAAACUGCAAAGUGUCCAAAACGCUGCAGCGCGCGUGAUUACCUGCUUACGUAAGUUUGAUCACCUAAGUGAUACUCUAAAGGAGUUGCACUGGCUACCAGUGGAGCAAAGAAUAACCUUUAAGAUUACUCUUAUUUGUUUUAAGAUACUCAUCAAUUUAGCUCCUGAUUAUUUGGUUGACCUAAUCCCUGUUUAUGACCCUGCGAGGUACUUUCGCUCAUCUUCAGACAAGUGGCGUCUUGUUAUUAAACCCUAUAACUUAAAGACCUACGGAUGAUGUAAAUAAGUUUAAAUCUAAAUUGAAGACCUUUCUUUUUAAGCGAGUUUACGAACCAUCUUAGGUUUUUUAUUUUGUAUUUUUGUGACUAUGUAUAUAUAUGUAAAUGAUUUUAGGAUUUUUAUUUUUUAUCCAGACCGUUUUGAAGCAUUGUAAAGCGCUUAGCACUGAAAAGUAUAAGCGCUAUAUAAAUAUUUAUUAUUAUUAUUAUUAUUAUUAUUAUUAUUAUUAUUAUUAUUAUUAACAAUUCCAAAUUAAACGAAACCAAGGAUCAGUUUAGAAUACCAUCCACGAAACGCUCACACAUUGAACCAGUAAUGGCCCCGAAAAUUACACACGUCACAGAUUUUCAAAGGCCUUGCAUAUGUUUGUUUGAAUAAACAACAAGCAAAUUUACUAUAGUAUCUAGGAGUAAUUUUUUCAAACCAGAAAAAAUUAUUUCACACCUGAAAUUUGCAAGAAUUCAAAGAUCACUCCACUCAGAAUGCAUGAAAAUCACAACUGUUUACAUCACGUUCGGCAGAUCUUUCUCUGCGUUGCAUAGACGCACGCCAUCUUUCUUUGUUUCACAUGUUCCUCUGAUGGUCCUUUACAAAUAACGCGUGGUCUCAUGGGACUUGAAAGGAAACAAAAUAAUGGCGGCGCAAAAGCGUUGCAAAUACUGAUUUUUCUUUGAAGGUCCAACAUGGAAUUAUCAGUGACGUCAUCAUAUAUCCAGAAAUGGACAUCUCCCGGACUGAUAAGAAAAAUGUUAAUAAAAAUGUUAAGUUUCAUUGUUUUUCAGUGGAUAAAGCCUCAAAAAAUGAGGCACUAACUUAAAGUACAAAAAACUGGACACCUGUAUACAAUUUUACAGGGUCCCAUUUUCAAAGUGAUCAAAAUAUCUCGAAACAAAAUUACUAAAACAACAAGACAUUCCUUGCAAAAAAACUAAUGCAAAUUCACCACGACUAACAAAUUCGAAUUUUAAACUUCAAUUGGACAUGACAGACUGAGUUAGCUUAAUUCAAACUCGUUCCGACUGUAAGAAAACAAGACAGUCUAUUUUCUGCAACUGACUCAACAUUGCUUUACUUUUAAGUGCUACUUUUCUUCGUCAACUUCAUCCUCGCAAGGCAAUUUAUUGCAUAUAGCCCCUACAUACAUUCAGAAUCUAGUUUCUUUGAAAUCGCAAAGCAGAUAUAACUUCAGAUUGUCUGGUUGGAUGUUUUGCUAGCGUCGCCAUGCAACAAUAAGAAGUAAGGUUCAGCCGUAGGUGGCUGCGCCCAAGUUAUCGAAUGCUUUAUAAGACCCACUCUUUAAGAUCUGCUUACUGUGAACUGAAUUUUUACCAAUUACAUAUCAACAUUUUAGAUUUUUUAGUGUAGUAGUGUGUAUCUAGCCGGAUUUCUGAAAACGUUAUCGCCGAAUGGACCUUUUGCGCCCAACAGUUUAAUUUUCUCCGCCAAAAACUAUCUCCAGAGUAGCUAUUAUAAAAACUACGAGCGCAGCCAUUGCUUUUUUUCUCUUCUCCUCCUUUCCUUCUCCUCGCUGUUUCUUUUUCUCCUUUCGAUUUCCUUCGUUUCUGUAAUUUUGAAACAUCUCGGACUUAAGAAACCUGCCUUUUGACACCUUUUCACUCAAAUGACUACAAAUUUCGUUUGGUUGGUUUUCAAAAAACUAGGUUAGAUAUAUUUCUGUCAUAUUUUGUUAUUAUCAUGUCAUUAUGUGUUUUCGUAUAUUGUAAAUAGAUUUUUAAUGUUUUUAUUACCUGUUAGUGUGAGGCGCAUUUAAUCAUUGUUAUGGAUACUUGCGCAAUCUAAGUGGAUAAAUUAUUAAUUAAUAUUGAAUUGACGUUUUUAACACAUUUAGGAGUUCAAAAUAGUAUUCUUUGAAGUAGACUCAAGUUAACUUGGUACUGUUGUAGUUCUGAAAAACAUGUAUUAACGAUUGUUAUUAACGAUUUUGAGAACAACGCAACAAAAUAAAAUUUUAAAGUGUCCUUUUCUCUUAAGCCGUUUUUUUUUUUUUAGGCCUCGCGGAUAAAAGCAACUUCCGGUCUUAGGCUGUUUCCUAAAUCCGGCUAAAUUAAAUGGCUCUCUACAUCACUCCGUACUAUUGCUUAUUUUUUUGUGUAUAUCUCGUAGGAGGAUUGGCAGGCUCUGCUAUUGUGGGAAAUGAUGUUAGCUACUUAACAUAUUUGAGCACUUUGCUCAAACCAGUCUCGAGCAAAUCUUCACAAUGGAGGCGCUGUUGGCGCGCGUCCGUGGACGGCUGGGCUGCCAGUACUUUUCACAGCCGAUGCGACUACAAAGGACCAACUGUCACAAUAAUAAGAGUCGGGGGAAAGUACAUAUUUGGAGGGUAUGCCAGCAGGUCUUGGGGUAAGUGGAAAGAUUUUCUAAACCUGAGCGUGAUAGCAUGUAAAAUUGUGUAAGGAAGAAUUUGUAAUGGCAAUUUUUUUUUUAUUACUUCUUUUUUUGCAAUCACUUUCGUUACCGCUUACCAUCAGACAUUUGUGAAUUAUUAGGAGCUUAAGCAACCACGACGGGGAGGCCAGUGAAAAUAUCACUUAGGGCCUGUUUACGUGGAGGUGGGAGACCCUAGGUAGGUGAGGUAACCCGCCUACAAUGCAGGUGGGAUAAAAAAAAUAACCAUCGUUUACGUACAAUUAACCUUAUAACCCCACUAUCCCGGGGUGCACUUUCUCAAGAAUAUUGAAUGGUCAGUAAGCAUGUUAAUAAGAAAAAUGCUGGCAAACCACGUGUUUUAGCGAUUAGUGCACUACUACUCUCACUUGCUGCACUUACUACAUCCUUCAGUGCUGUGGCUUUCUAUUGUUACCUUUAUGAUGCAAAACCACCGCCAAAGUGAAUUUUGCGCGAAUUUGAUGUAUCACGAAUCCGACCGCCGGCUUGAAGGGUCACUUCACCUAUCAUGUAAACGUGAUUGAAUUAAAAUGACAGAUUAUAUGGACAGGAGGGUCACCCCAGCUAAGUGGGCCAUUACCAUACCAACCUGCCCAACCCCCCCCGCCCCACCCCACAGGCCCUUAAAAAUUGCAUUCAGGCUGCGUUUCAAACUUUAUUCCUAGUAUCGCCCUUAUUCCAUCUCGUUCAAUCUGCCAAAUGCUGGCAAAGUUCUUUUUUCGGGGUUAAAUUCCAAAGGUCCCUGUCAAAGUUUAGAAAAAGAAAUAAAAAUCGUUGUCUUACGUUCAGGUACUCCAUAGAACGUGAAAUUAGGACGUUUCACGUCGUAGUCGUGCAACGUCAUGGUAAAUAAUUUACGUUCCGACUCGUUGCGGUAGCUGUCAUCGUUGACGGCCUUGACGGACAACGAUCAAUCAAGGAGGGGAACGGAAUUUUUUUAAGCUCAGUUUUUUUAAAAUCCCCGGCAUUUCUCUUAUUAUCCUUUUUUUUUUUCCAUCACAACGUAAUACACAAGUUUUUUUUUUUUCUCUUGUUGCAACAAAUUUGGAAUAUAGAGCAGGAGAAAGACAGAGAAAAAGAGAAAGUAGGCGGCAGGCCAGCGAAGCUCAACGAGAAAAAGGGCGACAGAGGUCUCGAGCGAGAGAUAAAAAACACAGAAGACAUAUUUUUUUUGUUGGAAGAGCAACAUGAAAACUUUGUAGCGACGGUGACAAAAUGGGAAAUGCCAGUGGCCACCAAUGCAAGGUGAAAAUGAGCGGGCAGGGAAAAAAAAGUUGAACGAGAACACGUACGACAUUUCCUCCAUAAAACGUGUAACCAAGAAGUUUCUGGAAGUUUCACGUUGUAGUGGUGCAAAACAACAGUAAAGAAUGUACAAAAAAGCGUGCUGUACUUGCAAAAUUGCUAUUUUUGCUAAUUAGACCGAUUGCUAUUUUUCACCGUUCUCCGGCGUUGCCUUCUCGCUUAGCCGGCACUACACGAUUUUAUAUUUUGUUUGAACAAACCAGGGGUGGAUCUAAGGGAGGGUGCAGGGGGUGCGCAGACCUGCGGUUUUCUUAUACAGCUGGUAUUCUGCAAAAAAAAAACUAUGUGGUUUAUUGCUGUCGAAGUAGAGCAAGAGACGAGUGCACCCCCUCCUUAAAAAAAAUCCUGGAUCCGCCCCUUCAAACUAUAAAUAUUAUCGAAAGCUACGCUUUUGACCCUGGCUAAAUCUAUAUACUAUUCAUGCUAUUCAUGGAGGUAUGUAUGGUCCGCAUUAGUUUGGGAAAAUUAGCAUAACGUCAAAAGAGUAAGGCCCCGUCCUCACGUAUCCGGAGAUUUUUGUAUCCGCAAUUUUUUUUAUGCGAAUACAAAAAUAUCUGCGUCCACACGUAGCGUAUACGAAUUGUAUACGACCGUCCACACGAAUCCGAUUCGUAUCCGGACAUCUCAAAGGAUUAGUCAACAGAGCAUGCGCAUUACAAAGAAAGCUGAGCCUGCGACAAUUUUGGCGCCAAAUUCGCGGCUUUCUUUCUUUCUUUCUUUGUUUCUUUGUUUCUUUCUUUCUUUCUUGUUUGUUUACUUGAGGUUUCAACACGUGUGAGCUUGAAGAGCGAAAAAAAUUCCUGUUAAAAAACACCAUAAAAAAUGGCUCAAUUAAGAGAAAAACAGAAAAAAACCAGCUAGGUGUCUUCCCGCUCUUUUGAGAAGUCUUUGGCGUCUGAUUCCUGAAUCAGAUAUGGCUAGAAGCCGCAUAAUGCUUAGACGUCUUCUCAUGUAGUUAAAGUUUAGAUUUAACAUUGCAACAUUUAGUUCGAGACACGCUAUUAGGCUUGAAAGUAGUCCUAGUAGCAUUGAACACACAACGUUUCUGCUCGCCGCCAUUUUGGAAAAUCUCGCACGGAAAAAGACUGGUUCUGAUACUGUGACGUCAGCGUAUACAAAAAUAUACGGAUGCGAGCGUUCACACGUAUCCGGAUACACAGCGUAUACAGAAAUUUCCACUCUGGAGAGCGUAUACAGAAAUCUCCCGAUACACCGAGCGUAUACGGCGGACACGUGUGGACGCUAGGUGUAUCCGCAUAAAAAAAUUUGCUUAUACAAAAAUCUCCGGAUACGUGUGGACGGGGCCUAAAUGUUAUAAGCUGAAUUUUUGGCCGGCUUGUACGGUUUAUCUUGAAAUUUCAAGGUGUUGGAGUGAAUCAAUCUCAAUGAAAGUUUCAGACAUUAUUGUAAGCUUUGUGAAGAUUAUUUGAUGAGGUUUAAAAAGAAUUCUGUCGAGCCGUUCAGAAAAGCGCUAAAAGUCAAAAUUUAGAAGAAAGUUGCACUUAAACAGGUGGUGAGAUAACUGGUUAGUUUUCAGGAUGGCAAGAAAGAAAAUACACCAAAAUUUCCAAGCAGCAAAAUAUGAUAUUAAACAGCAUUCUGAUGCUACUUAAGACAAAUUUAUAUUAUUUACAACUUUUUUUAUUAAACAAUUUAUCCCAACUAUUGAAAAUAUAAGGUUUGUAAUACAUUUACGUUUUAUUUGAAAUCAAAUAUACAAAAUUUUUUAUUUCUUACGGAGGUUAUUUGCUAAACACCACAAGUUCCUGGUGUCGGAUUUUGAGUAGCAGGCCUAAAUCGCUGAAAAUAGUCAAGAAAAUAGUCUAUUGAUAUCGAAUUUACUUAAAAAGCCCAAAGUCAGUAAGUGUUGAAAAUUUCAUAGCCAUCGGCAAGGAUAAAACGACUUUUAAGGCGAUUGAAAAAUAUCGGUAUAAUCUCCGAUAAAACUGUAUAGAAACCCCUUGAGUGACAACCCCAUACAGGGGACACAAAAUUUGGUCCGGGAAAGACGUCCACAUGAUCUUUAUAUCUGUUACCUAUAUUGAAGGGACACCUCUAUUUAAGGGAAAGGGACAGGUUUUCUUGGUCCUGAAACCUGGGUUUAACCACUAUUCAGAGGACACCUUAGCACUCAAAACGUGACUGACCACAAAGAAGGGUGAUAUCUUUAAGUGUACACUAAUGACCAUGAUGGCCGCUUUCACAAACUGAACUAUCUCACUUACAUCGAUAUACUGCAAUAUUUUUUUUCGUCUAAGCUUUUUAAAUAAGAAGCAGUUUCUUCCUUCCAAAAGUAAAUACUAAAGUACUUAAGUAAGAAUAAAAUUAGUACUAAAAUCACACUUUUCAUCGAUCUUUGCCAAGGAACUUAAACUAUUAUUAUUAGUUAUCAGUAUAUUUUCUUGCGUGUAUGAAUUCGAAUUUUUGAAUGAAAUCUGUGCAUUGGUCAUCUUUUUCAUUUCUUAUUUUCCCAACAGGUUACAGUGGCUGCCGGUAUUUUUAUGAUUCCCAGGCAUUCCUUUUCUCGCUGGUGAACAAGCCAGGAUGGGCACCUGUGAAACUGCCUCAGACAGGGAAGUAUAGUUAUUACAACAGCGAGUCAAUACCCGACUGCUCGUCUUAUGGACCUUCUUUCGGAGGAGGCUGGGAUAUUGCCAUUUACGACUACGCGUCAUCCAGUGGCAAUAACUAUGCCAGCCUUGGCUAUACUUACAGCGCACCAAGUGGGUACAGCUAUGGAAGCACCUUCACCCAGACAUUUCUGGCAGGCACUUAUAAGUUUACUCCAGACGAAGUAGAAACAUUUUACGAAACAACCUAAAAACUGAAGCAUUGUAUUCAGCUUCAAACGGUACAGUCACUUAAUAUAACACUGAUUAAGCCAGGAUAAUAUUUUUUUAUAAACCAGGCAAUGAAAAAAGAAAUACAUUUUAAUUUGUC